UGAUAGAUCCUUGACCAAGACUAGUUGCGAAGUGACGUGUCCGUGAAAUCGAGCAAACUUUAAUUUUAUCUCCAAAAUGGCACCAAAGAAUGAUGAUGUGGACGAGUUAUUUGAAGUAAGGAACUCAUUUUACAUUGGAAGCUUUCAACAGUGUAUCAACGAAGCCCAAAAGUUAAAGCCUUCAAAUCCAGAUUUGGUACUUUCAAGGGAUGUUUACAUGUACAGAGCGUAUGCUGCUGCGGGUCGAUAUGGAGUGGUAUUGGAUGAGUUGUCUAGUGCUUCAUCACCGGAGCUGAAUGCCGUACGCCUCUUUGCUGAUUACCUUGCUAACCCUGAUAGGAGAGACAAGGUUGUAUCUGAAUUGGAGAGCAAAAUGAGCAGCAGUGUGGAUGCUAACAGUGAUACAUUUCUACUUAUGGCUGGAUCUAUCUACUACCAUGAACAGAACUAUGAUUCGGCCCUGAGAUGUUUACGGCAGUCUGACUCACUGGAAUGCAUUGCAAUGAGUGUACAAUGCUACUUGAGUUUGGAUAAAGUUGAUCUAGCAAGGAAAGAAGUGAAGAAAAUGCAGGAAAAGGACGAUGACGCCACCCUUACACAGCUAGCACAAGCAUGGUUUAAUUUAGCAGUGGGAGGCGAGAAGCUGCAGGAUGCCUUCUACAUCUUCCAGGAGCUAGCGGACAAGAACUCCUCCACCUCGCUCCUCCUCAACGGUCAAGCCUCGGCUUACAUGCAGCAGAACAAGAUGGAGGAUGCCGAGGACAUCCUCCAGGAAGCCAUCAACAAGGAUAGCAACUGUCCGGAGACACUUAUCAACAUGAUUGUACUCUCACAACAUAUGGGAAAAGCACCAGAGGUGACCAACCGCUACCUGACACAACUGAAAGAUUCACAUGCCAGACAUCCAUUUGUAAAGGACUAUUUAGAAAAGGAAGCAGAGUUUGAUCGCUUAGCAACCCAGUACGUCUCCAGCUAGAGGUCACAGUCUGUUUGUAUGAUGUCAUUCCAUGUGAAAUAAAGAACUUUAUUCUCUGUAAAUAGAUUCAUAUUAUGACCCUUUCUAUCUGGUAUGACUUCAAGGAUGAACCACAUAGGUUUAUGCUCUUGGUAUCAUGUGGAAGGUUUAAGGUUCAAAUCUGACUCGCUGCCUUUUUU